AGAAAAACCAAGGCAAGAACAGGCCGUUCAACCUUUUCCAGAUUUAUAAAUAUUGCCAAAUCUACAUGAUUCAGUAGUUUUAUCUGCCCAUGCAUGCAGAUGCAGGCAUGCCCCGAGAUCAUAUCAAGUCAUUCUGAGAGGCAACAACUACAAAUAUUGAGUUUAAUCUGAAAAAGGAGAAAAAAGAAGAAGCAUGGAACACCAACGCCGGCGCCAGGCACCUGUUAUCAAGGGGGAAGUUGUCAUCAUCCGUCAUGGUCACUCAGUUCCUGGAAAAUCAGUCUCGGUUCACGUCUGUAGUUGCACUGAAGACAAUCCUGGAUCUGGCAGAGGGAGGUUGAGCGAGAGUGCAUACCUCAAACAUGGAAAAAGCAACACAAUAAAUGGCAUAAAAACCACAACUUAUAAAGUGAAGUUGCACGUAGAUCCAGAGUUUGGAAUUCCAGGAGCUCUGGUCAUAAAAAGCCAAAACAAGCAUAAAUUAUUCAUUCAGUCGGCAUCUCUCCAAACUUUUAAUCAGACUAUCCACUUCGACUGCAACUCUUGGAUGUACCCUUUCAAAAAGACUAAAGCUGAUCGAGUAUUUUUCUCAAACACUAGUUAUCUUCCAAACCAGACACCAAGUGGUCUAAUGGAACUGAGGAAGAACGAACUCAAAAGCUUGAGAGGAAAGAGGACUGGAGAGAGGAAGGAAUGGGAUCGAAUCUACGACUAUGACUACUAUAAUGAUCUCGGCAACCCUGACAAAGGUCGAAAACAUACGAGACCUGUCUUAGGUGGGUCUGUGUCACAUCCAUAUCCUCGUAGACUAAGAACGGGUCGGCCUCCCAGCAAUGAAGAUCCUUUAACUGAAAGUCAUUCGGGAAAAGACAACUUGGAUAUAUAUGUUCCUCCAGAUGAGCGUUUCAGCCCCAAGAAACUAUCUGCAUUUAUAUUGAACUCAUUCCAGGCUACCAUACAUUUCCUAAGCCCCGAGGAAAAAUCACUGUUCCAACAAGAUUUUAGUAGUUUUCACACAUUUGAAGAGACACACAGAAUGUUUUCUAGCAAUAGAAGCCAUGCAGUGGAAGAAUGGGUUAAAGGGAUUCUAAAGAAAGGGGUGCCAGAAGAGCUCUACAGAGAAGUCAUUCAUGCAAACAAGAAAAACCCGUUGAAAUUUCCAUUGCCUCAAAUUAUAGCAGAAAAUGGAAUGGCAUGGUUGGAUGAUGAGGAGUUUGGGCGCCAGAUGCUUGCUGGAACUAAUCCAACGCGAAUCCAGUGCUUGGAGGAAUUUCCGCCACAGGACAAAAAUGGAGUGAAAAGUUCAAUAAAGAGAUCACACAUAGAGCACAACCUUGAUGACCUGACUGUUGUUGAGGCAAUGAAUCAAUGGAGGCUAUUCAUUUUAGAUCACCAUGACUACCUAAUGCCAUAUAUAAGCAGAAUAAACACAAAGGGUGUUUGCGUUUAUGCAUCUCGAACACUACUAUUCUUAAGGAGUGAUGACACGCUAAAGCCAAUAGCAAUAGAACUUAGCUUGAUUGGCUCGAAUGAUGUCAACGAGAUCAAUAGGGUUUUUGUUCCAUCAAGUCAGGGGACUGAAGCAGCACUGUGGCAGCUUGCUAAAGCUCAUGUUGCAACUAAUGACUCUGUCCAUCAUCACCUAAUCAGCCAUUGGCUGCAAACCCAUGCAGUAGUCGAACCAUUCAUCAUUGCCACUAGAAGGCAGUUGAGUGAGAUGCAUCCAAUCCAUCGUUUACUGAAUCCUCAUUUCAAAGACACCAUGCACAUAAAUGCGUUGGCUCGGAGAAUCCUCAUCAACUCUGGAGGAAUCCUUGAGAAAAUAUUAUUUUCUGGUGAAGUCUCCAUGGAGUUGUCUUCUGAGCUUUACAAGGGGUGGAGAUUUGAUGAGCAGGGCCUUCCUGCUGAUUUACUUAAAAGAGGUAUGGCCCUGGAAGAUGCAGAUCCAGACAAUCCCACUGGAGUUCAGCUACUCUUUGAGGACUAUCCCUAUGGAGCAGAUGGACUUGAGAUAUGGACUGCCAUCAAGACAUGGGUCACAGAGUUUUGCAUCGUCUUUUACAAAGACGACAAUUCUGUCCAGACUGAUUCAGAACUCCAAGCAUGGUGGUGGGAAAUACGAUAUGUAGGUCAUGGGGAUAAGUGGCACGAGGAAUGGUGGUAUCAAAUGACAACAUGCUCAACCCUAAUAGAGACUUUAACAAUUCUCAUAUGGAUAGCAUCUGCAAUCCAUGCUUCGGUGAACUUUGGGCAAUACACAUAUGCCGGUUACCCUCUAAAUCGUCCCACACUAUGUCGAAAGUUCAUUCCAAAGGAAGGAACAUUUGAAUAUGCUGAAUUCCUCAAGGAUCCAGACAAAUACUAUCUUAAGAUGUUGCCUGACACAUUUGAAAUGUCCAUUGGUGUAGCAUUAGUGGAGGUCCUCUCAAGGCACACAUCAGAUGAAGUGUACUUGGGCCAAAGGCCAUCCGAGUGGACAGAUAAUGAAGAGGUUCGACAUAAAUUUGAGAAGUUCAAUGGCACACUUAAAGAGAUAGAGACGAAAAUCAUGAGCCGGAAUGGAGAUCCCAAGCUCAAGAACAGAUGCGGUCCUGCAAAAGUUCCAUUCAAUGGUUUAUACCCAGAUACGUCCAAUAUUGCAUCUCAAGUCGGCAUGACAGGAAAGGGGAUUCCUAACAGCAUAUCCAUUUGACAUGUCUAACAUAUCCAAGGUGCUUCACACAAUGAUGAUUUUAUUUAUUUAUUUGACAGGCUUGCAGUUCAAAACCUGGUUAUAAUAGCUGCCCUAGCUCUCGUUUUAUCACCAACAUUGGCCUUGAACAGCAAGACGUGCACUAGCACCAAGUC